GGAUUUUUUUUUUCUUUCUCCGGCGUUCUGCUGGCGGCGCCACGGCGGGCCGGUGAAGGGAGCCGAGCGCGCGAGCGGGAAGGUGGCAGCGGCCAGCAAGGAUCAGGGGCGAGCCGUCCAAGGCCAUGGAGGAGUACGGAGGCGGGGACCUCCUGAGCGAGGCGAUGGGCCCUGGAGCGCGAGUGGUGGUGGUGGAGGACCGCGUCGAGGCGCCCGGGGCCUUCGUCCUCCACCUCCUCCUCAAGCGCGCACUCGCCGGUGGCGGCGGGGCUGCGCUCCUCGCCCUCGCCCAGCCUUUCUCCCACUACGACCGCGUUCUCCGCAAGAUGGGCUGCAACCUAUCCUUGCAUAGGAAGAGUAGGCUUCAUUUUUUUGACUUGCAGGCCUUCCCAGGUGUAGCAAAGGGAGAUGCCAUUUCUGACAGUUUUGUUCAACUGUAUGGUGACAUUCAAAGAGUCAUGGAUGCAAACAGAGCAGGAGAUAAUGCAGACCGCUUUACUCUCAUGAUAGAUGAUGUUUCACUGCUCGAAGUUGCGGCCCAUGGUUCUGUAGACGUUGUAUUGGACUUCUUGCAUUAUUGUGUUACACUUACCUCUGAGAUGGUAAAGAAUUGCUCGUUGGUCUUCCUUAUUCACGAGGAUAUAUAUUCAAGCGAGGAGGGUGCGGGGCUCCUUAUGCAUCUGCGCUACAUCGCAGAUCUUGUGAUCAGAGCUGCACCUUUGAGCACCGGUUUAGCUACUGAUGUUCAUGGGCAGCUUUCAGUGGUAAACAAGUGUGUAUUCAGCGAGCAAAGGCCAAAAGCACAGAGAAUUUGGAACUUCCAUUUUAGAGUGAAGGAAAAUGGCGCAGAUUUUUUCUACGCGGGGAGCAGACAUUAGAGUAGGGUGAUACUUGCAUAACGAUGUAUCACUUCGGUAGACACAACUCACCCCGUACUUUAAGCAGAUAUUCAUGAAAUGUUUUCAAAGAAUGUAUCAAUUCAGGACUAAACCAUGCUAUCGCCCGUGUUCCAAAGAGGCAUCUUCUAUCUUUAUUGGG